GAAUCCUACUAGUAUCAUGUGCUUAUGACAUUUUCAUGUCACGUGGCGUGACAGUAAUCUGUUCCCAUCUUAAAACUCAUGCGUCUUUUCCCACACGGUUUUCUUUGCCAAUAAAAAAUGUUACUUAUGGAGCACCUAGAGCAAUGCUUGUGUUAAACGUGACAGUGUGAAAUGGAUUUUUUAACUUUGAUUUGAGAUGACUGCAAUUUUUUUCUUGGUUUGUGACAGAUUCGUAAAAAUGACUAAAUAUCUUCUUCAUAAAGCUUCUUUUCAGUCUAUCGAAUAGGACGUCAAAAUGAGAAAAAGUGUAAUCGAAAUAAUAGGUGCGGAGCCAAAAUUAAUAUACAUGUAUGUGUUCUAGGAAAUUAAAAAUGUGCAGCUGGAGGAUCCAGGAUCCCAAAGAGAUGAUGACGAGAUGGAUGUGUCGGACGAUGAAGAUUUUAUGAGGAAAAGACAAAGGCAUGAUAUAUCCAUCGAAGAGACAUAUCACUUGAAGGAUGAAAAUGACAGUUUGAGAUGCCAGUUAGAGGCUUACAAAAACGAGGUGGAAGUGCUGAAACUAGACUACAAAAAGGACAUGGAAGACAAAGACAAGCAAUUCAAAGUACUACAACAAACGCUACAGGGCAUGCAACAGCAGCUACUCGAAGCGAAAAAAAGACAAUGCGAGGAAGAAGCUAGGGUGAAGGAUUUGCAAAGCAAAUUGUCAGGGGAGAAACCUCCAAGGAAGCAUGAUCGAAAAAUAUUGACCGACAAAGAGAUUAUCAACUUGGAUGACAGCGAAAACGAGCAGUGUGACUCUGUCAGCGUGUCAGAGUGUCUUUCAGAGGCUGCAACGAGCACAACCUCGCAGAGACUGAACGAAUGCGACGCCAAGUUGGUGGGCAUAAUAUCAACUUUUCUGAACGUUCAUCCUUUUGGGGCAGGUUUGGACUACAUUUGGUCCUAUGUAAGCAAAAUAGAGCCGAAUAUACGACCUUCCGAUAUUGAAUCUCUCAUGAUUCGGUUUCCAUCCGUAUUCAAGCAGGAGCUUGUGGGUAUUGGAGCUAAUAUCGAGAGAAAGUGGAUUUUUAAUGCUUUCUGUAGUGCUCCGAAUGGUAAAAGUUAGACUAUGGAAUUUCAUUUUUUAUUUAAUGAUUCAAUAUUCCGUUUUGAAAUGUGAUCUUCUGGAAAAGUGAAUUGAAGUAAACGUAUUUAGUAAGAGA